CUUAAAAUGUACAGGGUGAAACCUGCUCAAGGUCGUACGCUGGACAUCCUUGUUGACAUCGUGUUUCGAUGACACAAGUUUUAAUGAAUUCAAUUUAAUGCUUCCACUCCGAUGACUUAUGCCCCUAUACGUAUCUGAUAUUAACCACCAAACUGUUAAUUGUUAUUUAAAGAUUUUUCCUACCGAAUUUCAUACGUUUUAGGGUUAAUUUGUCUUUUCUAUUCAUGAAUUGAUCCACUUGUCUCCAAUAUUUUAUGUGAUUUGUGCAUCCACUUCUAUCUGCUAAAUAAUAUAUCUAUUCCGAGAUGCCGAAUGAGUGUUGCAGAUAUCGUCACCGUUGCAAUCAUUGGAAACUUCGGAAUUACUUAGCAUUUUGGUGUUUCGGUUUGGGUAAUAAUUUUUCAUAUGUUAUUAUGCUGAGUGCAGCUGUGGAUAUUAUACGAAAACAAAAAGAUCCACAGAUCGAAUUCACUACGAACGUCAGUACAUAUCACAUAAACUGUACAAAGAUUGGGACGGGAAGUGUCCUGUUGGCAGAUAUACUUCCGAGUAUGCUUUUCAAGUUUAUUUCUCCACUAUUCAUACAAAAACUUCAUUUCCACUUUAAAAUUUUAUGCGCUGUCCUACUGGCGAUUAAUAGUUUUCUGAUGGUUUCAUUUUCUCAGUCUUUCUCUACGAGUCUUUUUGGGAUUGUGUCGGCAAGUUUAUCUUCAGGAAUCGGAGAUGUUACUUUCUUAAGCAUGGUAGCUUUCUUUGACAAAUCUUGUAUUUCGGCUUGGGCAUGUGGAACUGGUGCAGCCGGUCUGAUCGGUUCACUUUAUUAUGUUAGUUUGACAUCAAUAACUACACCGGAAAUUACAUUAUGUAUUGUCAUUGUGGUUCCAUGUACUACAUUGCUAGUGUAUUUCUUCGUUCUAGACAGACCUCAUCAUGAAAAAUUUCGACUGUGUUUCAACCCUAUGGUUUCAUCGGACAAUUCCACGAUGUCAACAGAGAGAAUAAAUGCAUUAGUAACCAGUGAAGAGUCAGAGCACAUUGAGAUUGUUAAUGACAAUGAUGUAAUAACUGAUUCCGAUGGGUAUAUUCAACUGAGAAAUGAAGAUGAUAUGGUUUAUUAUGACAAUUCACAAGUUUCCAAUUAUUCAUCUCUACCUGUCCUACAUCAACAACAGCCUACGUGGAAAAUAAAACUACAACUGUUGAAGGGAAUGAUUAGUUCAUUAUUUUGUCUAGUUUCAGUUUAUUUCUUCGAAUAUUUAAUUAAUCAGUCAUUGUUUGAAUUACUUUACUUUCAAAAUACACGUUUAACUGCUCCAGAACAAUAUAGAUGGUAUCAAGUACUUUAUCAAAUUGGUGUAUUUUUAUCAAGGUCGUCAGUCAGUUUUAUUCAAUUUAAGACUACUUGGAUUAUGUCACUGCUACAAGCUAUGAAUUUUGUAAUUUGUUUAUUACAAGUGAUCUAUUCUUAUAUACCAUAUAUAUGGAUAAUGUUCAUUGUGAUAUUUUAUGAAGGAUGCCUGGGUGGUUUAACUUAUGUUAACACAUUUUAUAAUAUUCUUCAAGAAACCUCUCCGAUCUAUCGUGAAUCUGCAAUGGCAAUGGCAACUGUAUCUGAUUCAAUUGGCGUAGCUGGAGCUGGAUUCCUAUCCAUAUAUUUACAUAAUUGGUUAUGUAAUAUAUUAAUUUGAUGAUUGUAUUUUAUUAGAAAUCAACAACUAACAAUCUUGACUUGUUUAAUUUGUUUUUUUUGUAACCGUAACAUUAUUGUUUUGCAUUAGAUUAAAAUGUUUUUAACAUAAUCAUAAUAUUAAUAGUAAUUAUUAUUGA